GAAGUCAGAAGAUGAGGGACAAAGGGAGGGGUAGAAGGACAGUCUCUCUCUCUCUCUCAAUUUUGGAAUUUUCCCGCCAAGAAGGGAGAGGCUAUCACACUCGACUGAACCAGUUUCAGAAUUUUGAUAUUUUCUGGAGCAGCAGCAAGAAAGACCCUAUCCCACUGGUUAUUCAAUUUUAUUUUUCCCUCUUGCCAAAUAGACAUGCGACGUCGGCGCCAGCGCGGCGCCCCAAAGCCUGCCCCUGCAGAUAAGAAGCGUCGAGCCUGUCGAGCCGGAGGGAGCUCUGAUGAAGACGGCAAUCUCUCUGGCGAAGAACUUCUCGCAGAACAUGUGGAAAACGAUAAUAGAGACGAAGGUAGCGUUUCUCUGCAAACUCAUAGUAAGCCGAUUGAACCAGAGAACAAAGCAACAGUUGAAGAACAAGUGUUUACUAAUUGUGACAAGGUUCCUUCAAAGAAGGGGAAAAAGCCUAACAAGAGACAGCCCAGACAGAAAUUGCAGUGGCAAAUAUGGGGAGAAGAGUUUGAUAGAUUUCUCAACGAAUGGGGAACGAAAAAUGAUGUUUCAGACGAUCAAAAUGAAGAAGCUGCUGAAUUUUCUGAGGCCCCACCAGAGUUGCUGGUGCCGCUACUGAGGUAUCAAAAGGAGUGGCUGGCCUGGGCUUUGAAGCAAGAAGAGUCUGCAUGUAAAGGGGGAAUUCUUGCUGAUGAGAUGGGAAUGGGAAAGACAAUCGAAGCCAUUGCACUUGUCCUCAAGAAACAAGGUAUUCCUAAAUUGACUGAGGUUGCGCCAUCUACACUCACAUGCAAAUCAAGUUCCUUUAAGACAGGAUUGCCGGAGAUUAAAUGCACGCUUGUCAUUUGUCCUACGACCGCUGUAAAUCAUUGGACAGAUGAGAUAGCACGGUGUACAACAGAAGGGAGCAUUAAAGUGUUAGUGUAUCAUGGUGCCAACAAAAGAAGGCUCAUUCACAAGUUUUCAGAAUAUGAUUUUGUUCUGACCACAUAUGCCACUGCUGCAGCAGAUUUCAAGGAAAGUGGAUUAUUAGCGAGGUGUAAAUUCUGUGAGUCUGGGAGGCUGUAUGCUCUUGACAAAUUGAAUUUUCACCUGACCUAUUACAGUCACCGUGGUCAUCCACUGGCUGAGAUAGAAAAGGAAAAAGAGCGUUUAAAGAAACUUUUGCAGAAAUAUUCCAAACGCGGUACAGAAUCUGCUGAUAUAGGAGACGAAAUAAGUGAUGUUAAUGGUGUUGGAGAGAAUGGAGCUGGCUGUAAAAUUGAAGAACAGCAUAUGCAAGAAAAGAAGGAAGUCACUGGCUCUUCCAGGUCAAGUCCAGCAGGCAAUGAUCAAUGCCAGCCCUCUAAGAAACUCUUGCACUCUGUUAAGUGGGAACGCAUUAUUUUGGAUGAGGCUCACUUUAUAAAGGACAAACAAAGCAUCAGUGCAAAAGCUAUUUUUGCUUUAGAGUCUUCAUAUAAAUGGGCUCUAAGUGGCAGUCCUCUCCAGAAUAAUCUUGAGGAACUUUACUCAUUGAUCCUCUUUCUACAAGUAUUGCCCUUUUCAUACUAUUUCUGUGACUUUUGUGAAUGCAAAUCACUUCAUUAUACUCAUGUAGGACAGUGUCCUUGUUCUCAUGGAAGGCAUUUUUGCUGGUUUAACAGAUUUAUAGUAAAACGAACAAGAUCGCAGGAUAAAAUUGUGCACACAAGGGCUAUGAUUUUGCUAAAGCACAAGGUUCUUAAAAGUAUAAUGCUAAGGCGAACUAAGAAAGGAAGGGCUGCAGAUCUUGCUCUCCCACCUAGAAUUGUUGUCCUGAGGCAAGAUGUCUUGGAUGUCAAAGAGGGAGAUUAUUACAAGACCUUACGUGAACAAAGUCAAUCAGAAUUCAAUACUUAUGUCGAAGCUGGAACCGUAAUGGAAAAUUAUUGUCACAUAUAUCAACUAGUUACACGAUUGCGACAGGCACUUGAUCACCCUUAUCUUGUGGUUUAUCAUAAGACUGCAGCAUGGCAGACUGGGUAUCAGGACUGUGGCAUUUGUAAUGAGAGUGCAGAAAAUCAAGUGGUCACCUCUUGUCAGCAUAUCUUUUGCAGAGCAUGCCUGUUGAAUUUCUAUGAAUUGAUGGGAAAAGCUUCAUGCCCCUCUUGUUCAACUCCUCUUUCUGUUGACUUUAUAACGAAGAUGAAUUCUGAGAAUUGUUGCACAAAAUCAGCCAAUAAAGUCUCUAAAUCAAGUAUCCUAGAUAGCAUUUAUCUUGAAGAUUUUCAAACAAGCACAAAAAUUGAUGCUCUGAAGGAAGAAAUCAGGUUCAUGAUGGAAAUGGAUGGCUCUGCAAAAGCCAUUGUGUUUAGUCAAUUUACAUCAUUUUUGGAUUUGGUCAAUUAUUCCCUCCAAAAGUCCGGCAUAAAUUGUGUUAAACUGCAGGGGAGCAUGACUGUGGCUGCAAGGGAUGCUGCAGUAAAAAGAUUUAAUGCUGAUCCAGAUUGCAAGAUCUUCCUCUUGAGUUUGAAAGCUGGAGGUGUGGCUCUCAACCUCACUGUUGCAUCAAAUGUCUUUUUGAUGGAACCCUGGUGGAACUCAUCUGUGGAGCGACAGGCAUUUGAUCGGAUACACCGAAUUGGCCAGUACAAGCCAAUCAGAAUUGUAAGGUUCAUAAUUAAGAACAGUGUUGAGGAAAGAAUUCUAAAGCUGCAGGAGAAGAAAGAAACUGCAGUAGAAGGGGCCUUAUCUGGCUCUUUGAAUUUCUUGGGAAAAUUAUCAGUCGGGGAUUUGGCAGAGUUGUUUUCCAUGGCCGGAGUUAUCUCUUGAUUUUUAGCCUGAUUGUUACCAUUAGGAGCAAGAAAUGUGGAUCAAAAGAAUGGAGCCAAACAAUGUUUUUUAGUCCAUACGUUAUGCAUCAGAUGCUUCCAGUGUUUUCUUUUUUCUUCCUGAACCAUUUGUAUAAAUAUCCAUACUUUCUUGUUUCUACAGGAGAUAAACUUCUGUAUAGACUGAUUUGUUAAAGUUCAGCAUGUGAAAUGCAGUCAAUUUUUUAAAGUUUAA